GAGUGCCGUCGCUAUUUUCUCCUAGGAGAGCCGCCGCCACCCUCCCCCCCUCCCCCCUCCCGGCUGGGCGGUGUGGAGCGGCCGGAGUCUGAGCGAUGGUGCCCGGCGAGGAGAACCAGCUCGUCCCGAAAGAGGAUGUGUUUUGGAGAUGCAGACAAAAUAUCUUUGAUGAAAUGAAGAAGAAAUUUUUACAGAUAGAAAAUGCUGCCGAAGAACCUAGAGUCUUAUGUAUAAUACAAGAUACUACGAACUCAAAAACAGUGAAUGAACGGAUCACUUUAAAUUUACCAGCAUCUACUCUAGUCAGAAAACUCUUUGAAGAUGUGGCCAACAAAGUAGGCUACAUAAAUGGAACCUUUGAUUUGGCAUGGGGAAAUGGAAUCAACACUGCUGAUAUGGUACCACUGGAUCAUACCAGUGACAAGUCUCUUCUUGAUGCUAAUUUUGAGCCAGGAAAGAAGAACUAUCUGCAUUUGACAGAUAAAGAUGGUGAACAACCCCAAAUACUGCUGGAGGACUCCAGUAAUGUGGAUGACAGUGUUCAUGACAGGUUUGUAGGUCCACUCCCAAGAGAAGGUUCUGUGGGCUCCAGCAGUGAUUAUGUCAGCCAAAGCUACUCCUAUUCAUCAAUUUUGAACAAAUCAGAAACUGGAUAUGUGGGAUUAGUAAACCAGGCAAUGACUUGCUAUUUGAAUAGCCUUUUGCAAACGCUUUUUAUGACUCCUGAAUUUAGGAAUGCAUUAUAUAAAUGGGAAUUCGAAGAAUCUGAAGAAGAUCCAGUGACUAGUAUUCCAUACCAACUCCAAAGACUUUUUGUUUUAUUACAAACCAGCAAAAAGAGAGCAAUUGAAACCACGGAUGUUACAAGGAGCUUUGGAUGGGAUAGUAGUGAGGCUUGGCAACAGCAUGAUGUACAAGAACUGUGCCGAGUCAUGUUUGAUGCUUUGGAACAGAAAUGGAAACAAACAGAGCAGGCUGAUCUCAUAAAUGAACUGUAUCAAGGCAAACUAAAGGACUAUGUGAGAUGUCUGGAAUGUGGAUAUGAGGGCUGGAGAAUCGACACCUAUCUUGACAUCCCAUUGGUCAUCCGACCUUAUGGCUCUAGUCAAGCAUUUGCUAGUGUGGAAGAAGCAUUACAUGCAUUUAUUCAGCCAGAGAUUCUAGAUGGCCCAAAUCAGUAUUUUUGUGAACGGUGUAAGAAGAAGUGUGAUGCUCGAAAGGGCCUUCGGUUUUUGCAUUUUCCUUAUUUACUGACUUUACAGUUGAAACGGUUUGAUUUUGAUUAUACAACCAUGCACAGGAUUAAAUUGAAUGAUCGAAUGACAUUUCCUGAGGAGCUAGAUAUGAGUACAUUUAUUGAUGUUGAAGAUGAGAAAUCUCCUCAGACUGAAAGUUGCACGGAUAGUGGAGCUGAAAAUGAAGGUAGUUGUCACAGUGAUCAGAUGAGCAAUGAUUUUUCCAAUGAUGAUGGUGUAGAUGAAGGAAUCUGCCUUGAGAGCAAUAGUGCAACAGAAAAGAUUUCUAAACCUGGACUUGAAAAGAAUUCCUUGAUCUAUGAGCUCUUCUCUGUUAUGGUUCAUUCGGGGAGUGCUGCUGGUGGUCAUUAUUAUGCCUGUAUAAAGUCAUUUAAUGAUGAUCAAUGGUACAGCUUCAAUGAUCAACAUGUCAGCAGGAUAACACAAGAGGACAUUAAGAAGACACAUGGUGGAUCAUCAGGAAGCAGAGGAUAUUAUUCCAGUGCUUUUGCAAGCUCUACAAAUGCAUAUAUGCUGAUAUAUAGACUGAAGGAUCCAACACGAAAUGCAAAAUUUCUAGAAGUGGAUGAAUAUCCAGAACAUAUAAAAAACUUGGUGCAGAGAGAAAGAGAAUUGGAAGAACAAGAAAAGAGGCAACGGGAAAUUGAGCGUAAUACAUGCAAGAUAAAAUUAUUCUGUUUGCAUCCUGUGAAGCAAGUAAUGAUGGAAAAUAAAUUGGAGGUUCACAAGGAUAAAACAUUAAAGGAAGCAGUAGAAAUAGCUUAUAAGAUGAUGGAUUUAGAAGAAGUAAUACCUUUGGAUUGUUGUCGCCUUGUUAAGUAUGAUGAGUUCCAUGAUUAUCUGGAACGAUCAUAUGAAGGAGAAGAAGAUACCCCAAUGGGACUUCUCCUAGGUGGAGUCAAGUCAACAUACAUGUUUGAUCUUCUGUUAGAGACAAGAAAGCCUGAUCAAGUUUUUCAGUCUUACAAACCUGGAGAAGUGAUGGUGAAAGUUCAUGCUGUUGAUCUGAAGGCAGAGACUGUAGAUGCUCCUAUAACUGUCCGGGCUUAUUUAAAUCAAACAGUUUCUGAGUUCAAACAACUGAUUUCAAAGGUUGUUCAUUUACCUAUUGAAACAAUGAGAAUAGUGCUGGAACGUUGCUAUAAUGAUUUACGUCUUCUCGGUGUACCCAGUAAAACCUUGAAAGCUGAAGGUUUCUUUAGAAGUAACAAGGUGUUUGUUGAAAGUUCUGAGACCUUGGAUUACCAAGUGGCCUUUACAGAUUCUCAUUUAUGGAAACUCUUGGAUCGACAUGCAAAUACAAUCAGGUUAUUUGUUUUGCUACCUGAGCAGUCCCCAGGAUCGUACUCUAAAAGGACAGCAUACCAGAAAGCUGGAGGGGAUUCUGGAAAUGUGGAUGAUGACUGUGAAAGAGUGAAAGGACCUGUAGGAAGCUUAAAGUCUGUGGAAGCUAUUCUAGAAGAAAGCACUGAAAAGCUCAAAAGCUUGUCUCUGCAGCAGCAACAGGAUGGAGACAAUGGGGACAGCAGCAAAAGCACUGAGACAAGUGACUUUGAGAACAUUGAAUCACCUCUCAAUGAGAGGGACUCUUCAACGUCUGUGGAUAACAGAGAACUGGAGCAGCACAUUCAGACUUCUGACCCAGAAAAUUUUCAGUCUGAAGAACGAUCAGACUCAGAUGUGAAUAAUGACAGGAGUACAAGUUCAGUGGACAGUGAUAUCCUUAGUUCCAGCCAUAGCAGUGAUACUUUGUGCAAUGCAGAUAGCGCUCAGAUCCCUUUGGCUAAUGGUCUUGAUUCUCACAGUAUCACAAGUAGUAGAAGAACUAAAGCAAAUGAAGGAAAAAAGGAGACAUGGGAUACAGCAGAAGAAGACUCUGGUACUGAUAGUGAAUAUGAUGAGAGUGGCAAGAGUAGGGGAGAAAUGCAGUACAUGUAUUUCAAAGCAGAUCCUUAUGCUGCAGACGAAGGUUCUGGGGAAGGACACAAAUGGUUGAUGGUGCAUGUUGAUAAAAGAAUUACUCUGGCAGCUUUCAAGCAACAGUUAGAGCCCUUUGUUGGAGUUUUAUCCUCUCACUUCAAGGUCUUUCGAGUGUAUGCCAGCAACCAAGAGUUUGAGAGCGUCCGACUGAAUGAAACACUUUCAUCAUUUUCAGAUGACAAUAAGAUCACAAUUAGACUGGGGAGAGCACUUAAAAAAGGAGAAUACAGAGUUAAAGUGUACCAGCUUCUAGUUAAUGAACAAGAGCCAUGCAAGUUUCUGCUAGAUGCUGUUUUUGCUAAAGGAAUGACUGUACGGCAAUCAAAAGAGGAAUUAGUUCCUCAACUCAGGGAGCAAUGUGGCUUAGAGCUCAGUAUUGACAGGUUUCGUCUAAGAAAAAAAACAUGGAAGAAUCCUGGCACUGUCUUUUUGGAUUAUCAUAUUUAUGAAGAAGAUAUUAAUAUUUCCAGCAACUGGGAAGUUUUCCUUGAAGUUCUUGAUGGGGUAGAGAAGAUGAAGUCCAUGUCACAGCUUGCCCUUUUAUCACGACGGUGGAGGCCUUCAGAGAUGAAGUUGGAUCCCUUCCAGGAGGUUGUGUUGGAGAGCAGUAGUGUUGAUGAAUUAAGAGAGAAGCUGACUGAAAUCAGUGGAAUUCCUUUGGAAGAUCUAGAAUUUGCCAAGGGUAGAGGAACUUUUCCUUGUGAUAUUUCUGUCCUAGAUAUUCAUCAGGAUUUGGAUUGGAAUCCUAAAGUUUCUACCCUGAAUGUCUGGCCUCUUUAUAUCUGUGAUGACGGUGCAGUCAUAUUUUACAGAGAUAAAACAGAAGAAAUAAUGGAGUUGACAGAGGAGCAACGAAAUGAACUGAUGAAGAAAGAAAGCAGUCGACUCCAGAAGACUGGACAUCGUGUGACAUACUCACCUCGGAAAGAGAAAGCACUAAAAAUAUAUCUGGAUGGAGCGCCAAAUAAAGACUUGACUCAAGACUGACUCUGUUAGUUUAGCAUUUUCAUGGGGGAUUUGUGGUUUUAAUUAGAUGGUUCACUACUACUGUGUAGUGCCAUUAUGGCCGGACAUGGUUGGGAUAACCCAGCGAUACCAGCACUGAUUGGACAGCCCUUCACCAAUCAGAAGCUCAGUGCCCAGUGGGCACUGUUUGACUUGGAAUCAUGUUGUGCACUAUAGUCAAAUGUACUGUAAAGUGAAAAAGGGAUGUGCAAAAUAAUAAAAUCCAAGCAGAACCUGCUAAUAUAAAAGGGGAAGGGGAAUGAGCAAACUUCUCUAAAUGCGGACAAAUGUGCACAUAGCUGCUAGUGAAACUAGCUUCAAACAGGAUGCUCAUAGCUUAAUAAUAAAAGCUGUGCAAAGGCCAUGAGUGAAUGAAUCUUCUGUUUAUUUCCCUGAUACACACAUUACCUCAUUGACAAUUCAGAAGUAAAUGCAACGUAUCCUGACUCUUGGAGCUAAAAGGAGCUGAAGAAAGAAACUCUUAAACCAGCCAUAACCCAGAAAAGAAUUGUGAGGUUAUGUUCUUACUUGGUUUCAUUUUUACAAAAUGUUAACAUGAUUCUGGAAAUUAUUUCAAAGCAUUUCCCUUAGAGGGCUCCCAGCAGGUGGCAGCUCAGAUUGCUGCAGUUUUGUAAUUACAACUGGUUGUACUUAAGUUCUGGGUGCAGAGAAUAUGUUUCACUUGUUCAUUCAGCAUGUAAAUAAAAUCCUGUUGAGUUGCCAUAAUUGCAGUUCAGCUAUUUCCCAUGAUCAUCCUCCUUGCUUAUCAUUUGUCUGUCCAUGUAUACAUGAAGAAGUUGAGCAGUCGAUGUAAAUGUUGCACUCAGUGAGGUUCCUCAGUGCUGGAUCCUGUAGGAUUGUAUUUGCCCUUGUUAACAAGGUUUUUCUGUUCAGCAGCUUCAUUUUUUUUUCCUCUUUGUACAUUUAUUUUUCAAGAUUUCAAGUUUGAAUCUCCUAGUGCUUGUAAAUCCUGUAUUAAUUAAUUUUUAGAGUCAAUUUGUAGUCCCAUGUGAUUUAACCUUGUUGGACAUGUUCUUCCAUCAUAUGGAAUGAACUUGCUACUAAAUUGCGGUGCAGGCCAACGCAGUCAACAUGAUUUCAUAGCAGAGUCUGUCAGAAUCAGCAAGCUCUUGCUUUGCUAAAUGAAACCAUACAAUACACACAACUCCGUAAAUUUUGAGAUUCUAAUUUAUAAAAAUCAAUAAAAAGGUUUUGGUAAAACUUUUUCAUGCAGAUGCUGUUUACAACAAUGAACAUGCCAAUAAAACAGUUGUUCAUUCUGUUGUGUUAUGUUAGUCAUUAAACUUUUGUGGAUGAAGAAUCUAAGAACAGAUUUGUUACUUUAAUAUUUUGAAAAUAUAUUGAAUAAUUUUUCUAUGAUGAGGUAUAUAAACAGUCAGGUUCUCAUAAGUGAAAUGAAAAGUAUUCAUAUCUAACUUUGAGGGGGAUCCUGUCAGUACCCAGAAUAAGAUUCUGAACUCUUUCCUUUUAUGGAAGAUGUACUAGGAAGUAGCAUUAAAGUUGGCUGAAUGGUUUGAAUAUAGUCAUUGAUAAUUCUAUAUCUUAAAGGUCUCUUAGAAUCAACAAAGCAAAAAAUCUUUUGUAAGGUAUUUCUCUGGCUAAUUCUUCUUUGAAAACUGUACAGCUUUCAGCAGAGUCUGCACUAGUUGAAUUGGUGGUGUUCUGAAAGGAAAAAUCUGCAACAGUUGCGAGGAAAUGUCUUGUGGGGUCCUGGAUUUGAUAAGGACGACAAAUUGGUGGUGGCCAAGACCUGUUUUCUGGGAGUGUAUGGAUUGUUUCUAGGAUUUACUUCUGGCAAGCAGAGGAGGCAGAUUUGUAUUUGAAAUGGGCUUUGGGGUUUGGUUUGCUUUGGUUUGGUAUGCUUUGGUUUGCCUUAAGAGUAAAUGGCAAAUUUCUCUGCUCCUCCGUUUGUGCCUUCUGCUCUGGCUUUGUUGUUGCUCAUUGUGUAUUUAACUGCUGCUUCUCAAAUAAGCGUAUUGCAAAUACGAAGAAUAGAGAAAAUAUAUUUCAUUAUAGAAAGGAAAAAAAUAAAAGCUUUUUGCUUUUCAGUGCCUGCUAAUAGUGAAUGAAAACACAAUGUUGCACUUUAAUAAUCUCAGUAAAGGACAUGGCAAGAUUUUCAGAAUGAGUUUAUAGAGGUAGGCUACCACGUAUCCGUCCCUUGGGCCUCAGAGUCAGGUAAGCAUCCAAACUCCAGAGGCAGCACUGUGAGUCAAGUGCCUGAGCCAGGGAGGGUGGAGCCCAUGGUCUCCUGUCUCCUAAGACAGGGAGGUUGAAUGCAACGAGUUGUGACCCUACAACCUUACCUGAGGCAGUUACUAGGGUGAAAGGUGCCUUCUGGCCAAAGAAACCUGAGCUGUGGUUUCAAGACCAAGCCCUGUUUACCUGGCUUGCAUAAACCUGCUAGUUGAAGGUCUGCUUCUCAAAAAAGUUACAACAGUGAUGCUGUAAGACAAAAUAGUGCAUGAAGGAAGCUUGUUUGUUGGUUGAUCUCUUGUAAUGGAAAACAUUUUACAAUUCUGAGAAGGUGGGAUUCUAGCUAGAACAAAGAGGGAAGAGCCACUAGCUGCAGACACACUGUUGGGAGUGGUUUGUGAUACUUUAUACACAGUGGCUGAGAGCACUCCAGUCGUCCCCUGGGGGCUGAGCUAACAAGUGCACGGCAUCACCACACUGCAGUGUUGUCACUAAACCCAGAAGUGAUCUGGGAAUGUAUGGAACACAAUAAAAAUCAUUUGUUCUGGUCA